AUGGCUACUCUUACUCGUGUCCAAAGCAUUCGUGAACGUUUGGACGAGACCCUCAAGGCUCAUCGCAAUGAAAUUGUUGCCUUACUAACCAGGAUUGAAGGUAAGGGAAAAGGAAUUCUUCAGCACCACCAGAUUAUUGCCGAGUUUGAAGCAAUUCCUGAAGAGACCAGGAAGAAAUUGGUGGGUGGUGCUUUUUCUGAAGUUCUCAGAUCCACACAGGAAGCAAUUGUUUUGCCUCCAUGGGUUGUUCUUGCUGUGCGCCCGAGGCCUGGUGUCUGGGAGUACAUUAGAGUGAAUGUCCAAGCACUUGUUGUUGAGGAGUUGCGUGUUGCUGAGUAUCUUCAUUUCAAGGAGGAACUUGUUGAUGGAGGCUCCAAUGGAAACUUCGUGCUUGAAUUGGACUUUGAGCCAUUCAAUGCUUCUUUCCCCCGCCCAACUCUUUCAAAGUACAUUGGUAAUGGUGUCGAGUUCCUCAAUCGCCACCUUUCAGCUAAGUUGUUCCAUGACAAGGAAAGCCUGCACCCCGUGCUUGCAUUUCUCAAAGUGCACUGUCACCAGGGGAAGAAUAUGAUGCUGAAUGACAGAAUUCAGAACCUGGACUCUCUGCAAUAUGUUCUGAGAAAGGCUGAGGAGUAUCUGUCUACUCUGAAACCUGAUACUCCAUACUCUCAAUUUGAACACAAGUUCCAGGAGAUUGGCUUGGAGAGAGGAUGGGGUGAUACUGCUGCGCGUGUUCUUGAGAUGAUUCAACUUCUUUUGGAUCUUCUCGAGGCACCAGAUCCCUGCACUCUGGAAACAUUUCUUGGCAGAAUUCCUAUGGUCUUCAAUGUUGUGAUCAUGUCCCCUCAUGGAUACUUUGCGCAAGACAAUGUUUUGGGGUAUCCUGAUACUGGAGGCCAGGUUGUUUACAUUUUGGAUCAAGUUCGUGCCUUGGAGAGUGAAAUGCUUCUGCGUAUCAAGCAGCAAGGACUCGAUAUCAUCCCCCGAAUUCUCAUUAUUACUCGACUGCUCCCUGAUGCAGUAGGAACCACUUGUGGUCAACGUCUGGAGAGAGUAUAUGGAUCAGAGCAUUGUGAUAUUCUUCGAGUUCCCUUCAGAGAUGGAAAGGGAGUGGUACGCAAAUGGAUUUCCCGCUUUGAAGUAUGGCCAUACCUAGAAACUUACACCGAGGAUGUUGCUGCUGAAAUUGCUAAGGAGUUGCAGGGCAAGCCUGAUCUGAUCAUUGGAAAUUACAGUGAUGGAAACAUUGUUGCCUCCUUGUUAGCGCACAAAUUAGGUGUUACAGAGUGCACCAUUGCACAUGCUCUGGAAAAAACAAAGUAUCCAGAGUCAGAUAUUUACUGGAAGAAGUUUGAUGAAAAGUACCACUUUUCAUGCCAGUUUACAGCUGAUCUUUUUGCCAUGAACCAUACGGAUUUCAUCAUCACCAGCACAUUCCAAGAGAUUGCUGGAAGCAAGGAUACUGUUGGACAGUAUGAGAGCCACACUGCUUUCACUCUCCCUGGCCUCUAUAGAGUUGUUCAUGGUAUAGAUGUCUUUGAUCCCAAAUUCAACAUUGUAUCUCCUGGUGCUGACGAGAGCAUAUACUUCCCCUACACUGAGGAGAAACGUAGGUUGACAUCUUUCCAUGAAGAAAUUGAGGAACUUCUUUACAGCCCUGUUGAGAACGAAGAGCACCUAUGCGUGCUAAAAGACCGCAACAAGCCAAUUUUAUUCACCAUGGCAAGGCUGGACAGAGUUAAGAAUUUAACUGGUCUUGUAGAAUGGUAUGGAAAGAAUACGAAGCUACGUGAAUUAGUUAAUCUUGUUGUAGUUGGUGGUGACAGAAGAAAGGAGUCUAAAGAUCUAGAAGAGCAAGCUGAGAUGAAGAAAAUGUACAGUUAUAUAGAGAAAUACAACUUGAAUGGGCAGUUCAGAUGGAUAUCUUCUCAGAUGAACCGUGUGAGGAAUGGAGAGCUCUACCGUUACAUUUGUGAUACCAAGGGAGCUUUCGUGCAGCCUGCUUUGUACGAGGCUUUUGGAUUGACUGUUGUUGAGGCCAUGACAUGUGGUUUGCCAACCUUUGCUACUUCCAAUGGUGGUCCUGCCGAGAUCAUUGUGCAUGGAAAAUCCGGAUUCCAUAUUGAUCCAUACCAUGGUGAGCAGGCGGCUGAACUCCUUGUUGACUUCUUUGAGAAGUGCAAGGCUGAUCCCACUCGCUGGAAUAAAAUCUCCCAAGGAGGCCUGCAGCGAAUCCAAGAGAAGUAUACCUGGCAAAUUUACUCUCAAAGACUGCUGACCCUCACCGGAGUUUAUGGAUUCUGGAAGCAUGUUUCCAACCUUGAUCGUGGCGAGAGCCGUCGGUAUCUGGAAAUGUUCUAUGCACUCAAAUAUCGUAAAUUGGCUGAGUCUGUUCCUUUGACUAUCGAGUAA